GAUUGUUGUUUUAUCAUAGGGUGAAGUAAACAAGUUGGGAUUUGUUUGAAGAGAACUGCAACCAAGAGCACGGUCAGUUCAGACCAAGAACCAAGAACCAAGGUCUGCUGAAACCUCAAACCUUUUCUGGGUUUUUGCAACAUCUUCAGCGUCUUAAACAGCUGCUUUCAGUUUGCUUCACUUCCUCUCCCUGCUCCCCUCCUCUAAACCAGUGAUGAAGGGAAUGAAGUUGGAAAGAGAGGAUAUACUGAUGAAAGGCCUCUUUUAACUGAUUCAUUACUUGAUUAGUCCAAAUGUAAACAUUUUGUCAUUAAAUGGUUACAAAAAGGAUCAAUGGAGAACCACUUUCAUUUUCAGAUCCUCGUCCUGUUUCUCCACACUGGACUCUGUACUGGGUGUGGCCCAGCAGAGUACCUGAGAGGAGAGAAGUGCUGCCCCAUGUGUCCCCCUGGAAACCGGGUCCAUGCACAUUGCACUGAAUUCACAACCACUCAAUGCAUUCCUUGUGCUGGUCCUACGUACCUUGACCAGCCUAACGGACGCUCAAACUGCUUUCCAUGUACAACCUGUGAUCCAGUUUCAGGUUUGAAGGUCAAGCAGGGUUGCACAUCCACAUCAGAUGCUGUGUGUGAACCACUUCAGGGAUACUUUUGCAAAUUACCAAUUAACCAAGGAUGUAAAGUUGCCCAGAAACACAGCAGAUGUAAACCUGGACAAUAUGUCAGUCAGCAAGCAACAUCAUCCAAAGACACUGAAUGUUCAGACUGCAUUGGUGAUACUUUUUCCACUGGAUCAUGGACAUUCUGCAAACCACACACAAAGUGUGAAUCACUGGGCAUGGUUCUACUGAGUCCUGGGAACCAUUCAUCAGAUACUACUUGUGAAACAUUGAAGUCUGGAGUCAUUGUUAAUGUAAUUGCUGCAGUCCUUUUUGGAAUAAUUUUUGGAGUCACUAUGGGUAUCUAUCAUAGAUUGAUUGAGACAUACAUUUAUGGAUCCAAUAGAAUGAUCAUUAUAAAACUCAUUAUAACAUUCCCUACAGCAUGCAUUAUUGGAUACAUUGUGGGAUCCUUUAUCAAUUUGAUUGUUGAAGCCAAUGUGGUAAAUUUUGGAAUAAUUUGUGGAGUAGGUUGCUUUGUUAAAGGGUAUAUCUGGUAAAGGAAGUAAAAGAAGGACUUAAUGGUGGUAGCCCUAACUGUAACUAAUGGGGAUCCCUGUAAACUUGGAAAAUAAACCAUCAAUAGACUGUGGCAUUUAAAUAAAUUCAAAGUGUGAUAACUACUGUUGUCCAGAAGAGGGCAGCAGCAUGUUUGAGGCUCACGGUCUGGUUGAACAUAACAGGUUUGAUCAGGUGUGGGAUGUGUUUGAUAAUGCUUUAUUAUAGCGUGAUUAUACUUAUUGGGUGCAUUGGGUUUAUCACUGUAGACUAAUUGUAUUUGUUGUAUUUAACCCUUUUAUUAUAAUAAACACAUUUACACAGCAUGA